AUGAGGCUUCCAAAGAUUAAUAAAUCUUCCUUUUACUUCAUUCUGAAAUUCAACACUAUUUGCCUACUUCUAUAUUCGCUAAUCCCUACGUGCGUAAUCCCUAUCAGUGUGGAGAGUAAGGAACUGUCAGCCACAUUUUCCUUGGGUGACGAAACCCAAGCAAAUUCCUUCAUAGGAAACAUUAUUAAGCAGACAGCUCGUCUGGACUAUCGUGCCAAAUCCAACGUCGGUUCCACAACUAGUCCAAAAAUGCGAGCAACCCUUCUAGACACAACCAGAGGUCUGGCCUCCGGUCUUCUUCACCUCAGUGACAUGGGUGACCUUUACACCAUCAAUACUAUCGACCGGGAUGAUGUAGCAAAUAUCUGUGGUCCUCUGGAAUGUUGCUCCCUUCCCCAAUGUAAUCUUACCUUCACAUCAGUGUUCGUGGACUCUGAGAAUACUGAUGAUCCGUUUCAAAUCGAUGUGAAUGUACAAAUAAUUGAUAGUAAUGAUAAUGCCCCUACUUUUCAAGAUGAACAAUUUUCAAUAACAAUUCCAGAAACCACAUCCCUUGAUUUGGCUAAAGGCCAAUCAUCAAUUAGUGAAUAUAGCCUUCCAAGAGCAUCUGAUAAGGAUUCCACCCAAAAUGGAGUGAAGAAAUACCAGCUAGAUGGACAUUCAGAUAUUUUUUCGCUGACACUUCCCGAACAUGAGUGCUAUCCCUGUUUGAAAGUCAGUUCAUCGGUUCCACUAGAUUAUGAAAACGUUAGGCACAGAAAAUUCUCCCUCAAAUUGAUUGCAAUUGAUGGAGGGGCUGUUCCGAAAUUUGGAUCAAUUGCAAUCAAUAUUCUUCUCUCAGAUCUCAACGAUAACGCUCCGGUGUUUGCUCAACCUACUGAAGUAAUACGAGUAAUGGAAAACCAUACUUACAACCAACCAAUCUACACAGUUCGAGCUACAGAUGCUGACUCAGGAGCCAAUGGCAGAGUUCGAUACAAAUUCAAAACUCAACAUUCCACAGAACUAUACGAGAACUUCCUUCUGAAUUCUGAAACGGGUGAGCUCUUCAUGCAUUCAGAGUUGGACUAUGAGAAAUACUCUGAAAGAAAAAUCAAACUUGAUAUUCUUGCAUAUGAUGAUGGUCAACCAUCUAUGACUUCCUCUUUCGCCUUGACAAUCGUCGUCAUAGAUAUGAACGACAACUCACCUCAGAUUUCGGUCCAACAGAAUCGCACAGUAAUGGAAAAUAGCAAAUUGAAUUUCCCAGCUCUUCAACUACUUAUAACUGAUGUGGAUGAAGUAAGUCAGGGAAAAAUCGAAUGCCAUUUGGAGAACGAAGAUCGUUUGCCUCUUCGGCUUGAAGGUCAGACUUUUCUAACAAUCUGGACAACUCAACGACUAGAUUACGAGAAAACUCCCUCAAUUGAUUUUAUUCUUAUCUGUCAAGACAAGGCAGACCCGCCUUUGAAUACAACUUUCCCUUUGUCUAUCAAAGUCGGAAAUCAAAAUGAUAACCCGCCUGUUUUCUACUCACCACAAAAAGCCCCGACGAAUUUGAUUAACUUGACAGUGAGCGAGGAUGAGAAGCUGCUUCACCCAUUGUAUUUACCAUCGGUGAUUGAUUAUGAUGGAAACCAAGUUCUCUUCAACAUUAAAUCAAGAGAGAAAGAUUGUCCAUUCUCUGUGAACUCCGAUACCGGUGCUGUCUACCUGAAAACACCUCUGGACUAUGAACGUUCGAAAAGGCAUGAGUUUGAAAUAGUGGCUGUAGAUGUUCCUGAGACCGAUUCUAUGGAUCCAGCUCUAACUUCUUCUGUAAAAGUUCGAGUAAAAGUUCAAGAUGUAAACGAUAAUGCUCCAGAACUAAAGAGCCCGCAUAUAAUUCCAGUUAAACACGACACAUCGAUAGGUUAUAUGGUUUCACAGUUAAUCUUCAAGGAUGCGGAUAUGGAUGGACAACAGAAGGUGUCUGCUAAACUUGUUACUCAGGAGGCGUAUCCAACUCCUACGACAAGGAAAUAUUUUGCAUUGAAAGAGAAUGGUGCCCUAAUAACUCUUUACCCUCUUGACAAAGACGAACUCUCAGUAGUUGCCUUAACCGUGGUGACCAAUGAUAUUGGUUCGGAGAAGACCCUUUCUUCCACUUUUACUCUGGCAGCCGUUAUUGAGAAUUCAAAAUCAGCAGACACCUUGAAAGUUGUAAGACCCUUCCCAAAGUCAACAGUAGUUCUGCCAAUCAAUAAAUCUCCUGGCCGUCCCCUGAAAGCCGAAAAUGUUCGAGGCAUCAGCAUUCCUCUUGAUGUCUAUGAUAGUACAAAUAGCAAGACACUGAUGUAUGCCAUCGAAAGACAGUGCAAUGGCUCUGAGUACUUUAUGAUCGACAAGAACGAAACAUUGACGAUUAAACCCAUCAUCAACAAUGCUACUUUAAUGAGACUCAGUAGUAUACCCUCUGGAAGUAAGGUAGACGUUAUGAUAAGGGUCUCUGAUUCAGGAAGUCCUUCAAGGGUCACGGACUCGAGAUUCUAUAUUGAAUUUAAUUGGGCCUCAAGAAUGUCUGGACAUGCUUUAUGGCCAGCAGAUGCGGCAGAUGCUAGUCCUGAGGGUGAGAAUGAUGGCCAAAGAGUAAGUGAUUGGAUGGAGAUUAAAAAUCAAGAACCUCAAGAUGGCCAGAACAACGGAAAACCCAUCAAACUCAGCUUCGGCAAUAUCGUCAUGUUUCUGUUGAUCCUAGUUUUCAGUCUAGCUGUCGGAUUUGCUCUUUUUGCUGCCAUUCUCUGGGCUCGAGCAAAAAGAGCGACUUCCAAUGCCGCUGCGACAGAAGAAAGAAGUCAAUCUUUUGUCGUUCCUCCGUCAAACCCGAUCGAUAAAGCCAGAUUGCCCUCUCCAAAGCGCAGCUCCAUCUGGCGACCAGGAUCUCCAAAUUCCACACUGACGAGUGAGUGCAUCCAAUUAGCAUCAUCCCGGUCUGAACAGCCUCCAGAAGUUCACUAUGCUAUCCUAACUGCAAGAGGAAACACAGUUUUAGGAGAGUUCAGCAAAGCUUCGGAAUCUCCAGUCACUACCAGUGGUCCUGUCCUUGCCUACUUUGAUCUAAUAGUUCCUCCAACCAACGAGAAUCCAUCUAGUUCCACAUCAACUGUUCAGCAGAACUUUCCAGAGUUGGCGACCGUGGUUAGUGUAUCUUCACCUCAUCCUGAUAUCCCCACCUCCCAAUCUCAACCCGUGAACUGUUAUCUGGUGAUGUAA